CUGACAGCCGCUCCGUCCAACAUCCCGCGGAGGCUGCUGCGAGGACAGACACACACCUGCCACCGCCGCCCGCCGCUUUUAUAACUCCGGCGCCCUGCGCGAGCCCCCCGCAGCGGAUCCCGGGGAGGGCUGGAAGUGGGAGCAGACCCCGCGCCUGCCCCUCGACGUUCUUAUUUCCACGUCUCAAGGAGCGGGAAGCAGCCGCUGCUGGCAGACACGGGCUUGGAAAGCGACUGCCAGGCUUGCAGGAUCCCGCUGAACCAACCUCUAUUGCAGAAGGGACCCGGGGAAGAUUUUGAUUCUACAAAGCGAAGGGGUAAGGGCACGGCUAAGAGCAGCGUUCACCGGAGAGAGGUAAAAGUCGCGCGCUCAGACGCCGGGAUCUGAUUCCAAGCUGAACUUUGGAAAAUGCAAGAACCUGUUUAAAGACAGAGGGCUCAGCCACAACGAAAGCUGUUAGAAGUAAAAAACCAAAACCCAACAACAUUAACUGCAGCUUCUCUGAAUUGCGAGGUUUUGUGUGUGUGCAGGUGUCACUCCACUUUUCAUUAGGUCUGUUUUUUCUUGACUUUGCUUGCUUCUUAAGUCUCCCUCGCCCCUCCCUUGAAAUGUAGAAUUUUUUAAAUUGACUCACUAGUCUUGAACAGUAAUUUGUUCCUUGACGUUUUUUGGGGUGGGACAGGGAGGGGAGGGCUGUCUUUGAAUUACAUUUUUGGAUCCACUCUUGUUUUCAUCGGCACCUAACAACCCACAACAGCAGUAUUUUCAUCAUCAUGUCUUUUGACCACACCACCAUAUAUACAAUAGUGAACAGUUCCACCAGUGAGCAUGGGGGCAGCAGGCCCCCUCCCACGAUCCCCACUGUCAUGUUCAUCUUUGGGGUGGUGGGCAACCUGAUUGCCAUUGUAGUGCUUUGCAAGUCCCGGAAGGAGCAGAAGGAGACCACUUUUUAUACCCUGGUGUGUGGACUGGCAAUCACUGACCUGUUGGGGACCUGUCUGGUGAGUCCCGUCACUAUUGCCACAUACCUGCAGAACCGCUGGCCAGGUGGAGAUGAACUGUGUGAAUACAGUUCCUUCAUCCUCCUUUUCUUUGGGCUGUCUGGGCUUAGUAUCAUUUGUGCCAUGUCUAUAGAAAGGUAUCUGGCCAUUAAUCAUGCCUAUUUCUACAACCAUUAUGUGGAUAAGAAGCUGGCAGGGCUCACUCUCUUUGCCAUCUAUGUCUCCAAUGUACUGUUCUGUGCCCUGCCCAACAUGGGACUGGGCAGGUCUACCUACCAGUACCCCUACACUUGGUGUUUCAUAGACUGGAAGACUGAGAACGCUACCCAUGCCGCUUAUUCCUACAUGUAUGCUGGGUUCAGCUCCUUUCUAAUCAUGGUCACAGUCGUUUGCAAUGUCAUGGUGUGUGUAGCCCUGAUCCGCAUGCAUCGCCAGUUCAUGAGACGCACCUCCCUGGGCACAGACAACACCGCCAACCGCUUGUCUGAUUUUCGCCGGCGCAGGAGCUUUCGUCGCAUGGCCGGAGCAGAGAUCCAGAUGGUCAUUUUGCUCAUUGCCACCUCCCUGGUUGUGCUCAUCUGCUCUAUUCCACUGGUGGUACGUGUCUUUGUAAACCAGCUGUACAGGCCAGCCCUAGUGAAGGAGAUCAGUCAAAACCCUGAUCUGCAGGCCAUCCGCAUUGCUUCAGUGAACCCCAUCUUGGACCCAUGGGUCUACAUCCUCCUCCGUAAGACAGUGCUCAGCAAAGUCAUAGAGAAAAUCAAGUGCCUCUUUUGCCGCAUUGGCGGAGCUCGAAGGCAACACUCUGGGAGCAAUUUCAACUGUGCAGAUGGUUGCCGAACCUCCUCUGCUAUGUCUAGCCACUCACCCUCCUUCAUCUCCCGGGAGCUGAGAGAGAUCAGUAGCACCUCACAGACACUGCUCUACCCUCCAGAGCUAAGUGAAAGCAGCACUGGGGGUCGCAUGCUGCUGCCAGGAGCCAGUGGUGGUCUGGCUCAAAGUGAUACUACAUCAGUGCGGACACUACGCAGCUCAGAGACCUCAGACUCUUUCCAAGGACAGGACUCGGAGAGUGUCUGUCUAGUGAAUGAAGUCAGGUCUGGUGGCGAUACCAGCUCUACACCCAAAGGCAGCUCCCUCCAGGUCACCUUUCCUAGUGAAACAUUGAACUUAUCAGAAAAAUGUAUAUAGCAAUGGAAGGAAUCACACACAGGUGAUCCUUGCCCAAUACUUUGGAAAAACUGGUGCAAUAGACAUGCGCUCUGCCUGCUAAAGGUAACAGGGGCUCAUGUACACUCUGAAGGGCUAUUUUUCUCUUGCCAUGGGAUGGGUACAGUUCUUCCGACUACUGAGGAUCAUACCAUGGAGCAGCUGCUACAAUCAGGUCCUAUUACCACAAAACAUAGAAGACAGGUUUAAUGGGUUUGGAAGCAUACACUGUUAUUGCCUUGUCUUGCUCUGUGACCUAGGAUUGCUGCUAGGACUCUGUGGCUGGAAAGAGCUGUCAUUUUUUUGUCCAAAUAUGCUAGAAACAUAUAUUCUUCCCCCUCACCCUAAACUAUCAAAGGUUUAAGUCUCUGGGUACUAGAGAGCUGAUGGCGAGGUAGUUAGUGGGAAGAUAUGUACAAUUUUAAUAAGUCUCACUAAUGUGUGAAAAUGUGAAUUUUUAUUGCUGUAAAUAUCAUGAUUGAAAAUAUUUAAAAAUCUAUUCUUCUCUAUGAGAAGGUUUAUUAUUAAUACAAGGAAUAUACAAACAAUUGCCAGCCUUCUUUUCCUCCCAGUAUGGCUGGCUGUUGAUAGACAUUCUUGAAUUAGGUUUGAUUUUCAUACAAAUUUAAAGGUAGAGCGAGAACUAUUUCUCUAGAAGGGAACAAAUGAAAACUUGUUUAAUUAAAUGGGAACAUUUUGUGUUAAGGGAGAAAAGAAAACACAUUAAGUUUAAAAUAUUAUUUCCAGUGUGUGUACAUUCUAAAAAAGCCAGAUUUAUAUUCUGUGAAUGCUUAUCUACAGAACAUAAUUUCUCCUUUCCAAGUACAAAGGACCCUACCAUUAUACUCUUACACACAUACUUAAUGUCACUCACAUGACUUGUCCAACUGAUCUCAAUUGGACUCUUCACAGGAAUAAAAUUAAGCAUUUGCAUAAAUUGCUUUUGGGACUGGGGCCAAAAACUUUCAAUUCCUGGUUAACAUUUUUAAUAUUCACUCUAGUUUUAGAAUCACCAAUUUACUAAAGUUAUUUUUCAUAACAUUUAUCAUUUUACUUUAGUAAAAAUAAUCUUAUGAUUGUCUGAUCUGCUAUUCCAUCAAAUAAUAAUAUGAAUAUCUUCAUUAUAAAGUAUGGGUAUAUGGUUCUAUUUCCUGUUCUUAGCCCCAAGGAAAAUUAUUUACUACUAAGAUGUAGCAACAAACCCAUUACCAAAAAUAACUGUUGACCAGUGUUAAAAAGAAGUUUUGUGUUUGUUUGUUUGUUUGUUUUAAAAGAUAGCUCUUGUUCCAGCAGUGUUGUUGUAUCAGACAUAAAUUCUGUACAGAUCUUUGGGGAAAAAAUUGUCAAAGAACUAUGAAGCAUGUUAUGUUGCUUAAAGUGUUUUCAUGUGAAUUGCUUUAUUGUAAUUAAAAUUCUGAGCCUGAUGUUAAUAUGUUUAAGAAACAGUUGUACUGACCAGAAUUAUUUUGGAGAAUGCAAUUAAAUGGAAACAUUCCGCUUGAGUUCAGAAAUUUAUGGAUGUCUUUAAUUGUGUGUGUAAUUCACUCAAUGCCAGCCCAUUGGCUUUCAUCUUAAUAAAACAGAACUUUCAAAACAUU